AAUACAAGCAAAGAUAAAUAAAAUCAACAAAGUCAUUUCAAAAUCAACAAUCAACUCAUGUACUUUAAUCCUAGUAAAAAAAUCUAGCAUGAAAAUUACUCUAAACAUUAAAACCAAUUAUUUUCAAUCACCCCAAAUUCAAUCCAAUCCAAUUCUAAUUAAAAAUACAAACUAACAUCUACUUGUAUAAAUAAAAAUAAUAAAAUAAAAAAUAAAAUUGGUGACAUCUCAUAUUCUCAUAGCACCUAUAAAUAACCUCCACUCUCAACCAUUCCCUCUUCUCUCUCUUUCCUCAAGAGGGAACCACACAAAAACCCACUUCUACCCUCUCCUCUCCCGCGCCACCCAUUCACCCAAUCAACCCCCGUGCACGGUGGUCGCGGCUAAAAUACGCCGGGAUUAAAAUGGACAAAUCCUACGCAUCACCAAGCUCCAACGACUUACCCGGGUUGACCCGAACAUACAGUAACCGACCCGUAAAAGUAAUCCCAUUACAACACCCAGAAACGACGUCGUCGUCACCUGGAUUCUCCCUAACGACGUCGUCUAGCUCGAUGAUUGCGAAAUGGAGGUUGAAGAUGAAGGAGAUGAGUAUUACUGAAUGGAUCUCGUUGUUUCUUCCUUGUUAUCGUUGGAUGAGGUCGUAUAAUGUUCAUGAAUAUCUUCAGUCUGAUCUUAUGGCUGGUAUCACCGUUGGUGUUAUGGUCGUACCUCAGGCAAUGUCGUAUGCAAAGUUAGCUGGGCUUGCACCAAUUUAUGGACUCUAUUCUGGCUGUCUACCUGUAUUUAUAUAUGCCAUUUUUGGCUCCUCAAGGCAGCUUGCAGUUGGUCCAGUUGCAUUGACAUCUCUCUUGGUGUCUAAUGUAUUAAGUAAGAUUGCUAGUCCAUCUGAUGAACUGUACACAGAGCUUGCAAUAACAUUGGCACUUAUGGUUGGCAUAUUGGAGUGCUUGAUGGGCCUUCUGAGGCUUGGAUGGAUUAUUCGUUUUAUCAGCCAUGCUGUGAUUUCUGGCUUCACUACUGCAUCAGCUAUAGUUAUUGCCUUGUCUCAAGCAAAAUACUUUCUGGGGUAUGAUAUAGUUCGAAGCAGUGAAAUUAUCCCCCUUGCUGAAAGCAUUAUAUCUGGUAUAAGUAAGUUUCAAUGGCCACCGUUUGUGUUAGGGUCUUCGAUUCUUGCUGUGAUGUUGAUAAUGAAGCACCUGGGGAAAACAAGAAAGUACCUGAGAUUUCUCAGAGCAGCAGGCCCAUUGACAGGGAUUGUUUUUGGUACUGCUAUUGUCAAAAUAUUUCAACCAUCUGCCAUCAGUGUGGUUGGGGAAAUACCUCAGGGGCUUCCAGAAUUUUCAGUUCCUAAAGCCUUUGCUCAGUUCAAGUCCUUGAUUCCAACAGCAUUUCUUAUAACUGGUGUAGCUAUAUUGGAAUCUGUGGGAAUUGCCAAAGCACUGGCAGCAAAGAAUGGUUAUGAUUUAGAUUCUAAUCAAGAGCUUUUUGGUCUCGGUGUAGCCAACAUUGCUGGAUCAUUUUUUUCUUCUUAUCCCAGUACAGGCUCAUUUUCUAGAUCUGCGGUGAAUCAUGAAAGUGGAGCAAAAACCGGAUUCGCUGGAAUACUCACUGGAAUCAUAAUGAGCUGCGCUCUCCUGUUUCUAACUCCAUUAUUUGAAAGCAUACCACAGUGUGCACUGGCUGCAAUUGUAACCUCUGCUGUGAUGGGUCUGGUGGAUUAUGAGGAGGCUAUGCUUCUAUGGCGCAUAGAUAAGAAAGAUUUUUGCCUUUGGACGAUCACUUUUGGUGCAACACUAUUUCUUGGAAUUGAGAUUGGAGUCCUAGUUGGGGUUGGUGUUUCUCUUGCUUUUGUAAUCCAUGAAUCAGCAAAUCCACAUAUUGCUGUACUUGGUCGUCUUCCCGGUACAACAAUUUAUAGGAAUGUUCAACAAUAUCCAGAAGCAUAUACAUACCAUGGUAUAGUGAUUGUUCGUGUGGAUGCACCAAUAUACUUUGCAAAUACUAGUUACAUCAAAGAUAGGUUGCGGGAAUAUGAAUCUACUGUUGACAAAUCUAUAAGACGUGGGCCAGAAGUAGAUCGAGUUUAUUUUGUAAUUCUUGAGUUGUCACCUGUGACAUAUGUUGAUUCAAGUGCUGUCCAGGCUCUAAAAGACUUGUAUCAUGAAUACAAAUCUCGGGGCAUCCAGAUUGUAAUUUCCAAUCCUAAUCAAGAAGUUCUGAUGACUUUCACGAGAGCUGGCCUUGUUGAACUGAUUGGGAAGGAAUGGUACUUUGUGAGAGUGCAUGACGCUGCUCAGGUAUGUUUUCAGCAAGUACAGGAAAAUGAAACACCAAGGACACCAGAUUCCCUCAAAGACAGCAAGCGAAGUCUCUUCCAAAGACUUGGCCAAAAGGAAAAUUUGCCAACACUUGAUUUGGAAUCCAAUGAUCAAACGUCGAUUGUUUCAAGCAGUUCUGAUCAACAAUUACAAGAACCGCUGUUGCCCAAAAGGUCUUAGUGUCACAUUCCCUGCUUCAAUAUCUAAAACCAUUAAUGCCGUUCUUUGGAGUUCUUUUGUAUAUAAAUCUCAUUUUUUGCUGAUAUACCACAGGACGUGGUUUGUAUUUCUGUAAUUAGCCCUUUGUUGUAACUGUUGUGAUUGAGGUGAUUUUUUUGUAAGAUGUAUUGUAAUUGGAUGUAUAGACUGUAAUAUAUGGUGUAUACUGUAUAAUAUCGUAUAUUCACCAUUGCAGCCCUUUUGGGAUAGUCAAUAAAUUAUAGAAACAAGUUUGUUGUGUUCA